GCCCGGCCCCAGGUCCAGGCUGCGGGGCCGCCGCGUGUCCCGUGAAGGGUCGGGCCGGGCCGGGCGGGAGCCACGCGGGGGAGAAGCAGCAGCAGCUGGGGUGCCGGCGAGCCGGAGACGGGGACACCUGUGGCCUCCCCCACCCCCGACGACGGCCCCUCUCCGGUCUGCAAUCCAGGCCAAUGUGCAAUACCAACAUGUCUGUGUCUACUGACGGUGCUGUAAGCACCUCACAGAUUCCAGCUUCGGAACAAGAGACUCUGGUGAGACCGAAACCAUUGCUUUUGAAGUUGUUACAGUCUGUCGGUGCCCAAAAGGAUAUUUAUACUAUGAAAGAGAUUAUAUUUUAUCUUGGCCAGUAUAUUAUGACUAAACGAUUAUAUGAUGAGAAGCAGCAACAUAUUGUGUAUUGUUCAAAUGAUCUUCUAGGAGAUUUGUUUGGAGUGCCGAGCUUCUCUGUGAAAGAGCACAGGAAAAUAUAUACAAUGAUCUACAGAAACUUGGUGGUUGUAAGUCAGCAAGAGCCCUCAGACUCCGGCACAUCCAUGAGUGAGAGCAGGUGUCAACCUGAAGGUGGCAGUGAUCGGAAGGACCCUGUGCAGGAGCCACCAGAAGAGAAGCCUUCCUCUUCAGAUCCAGUUUCCAGACCGUCUACCUCAUCCAGAAGGAGAGCAGUUAGUGAGACAGAAAACGCAGAUGAACUGCCUGGUGAGCGACAGAGGAAGCGCCACAGGUCCCUCUCCUUUGAUGAAAGCCUGGCGCUGUGUGUGUUACGGGAGAUAUGCUGUGAAAGAAGCAGCAGCAGUGAGUCCACAGAGACUCCCUCAAACCAGGACCUUGAUGAUGGUGUAAGUGAACAUUCCGGUGAUUGGUUGGAUCAGGAUUCGGGUUCCGAUCAAUUUAGUGUAGAAUUUGAAGUUGAGUCUCUUGACUCAGAAGAUUACAGCCUGAGUGAAGAAGGGCAUGAGCUGUCAGAUGAGGAUGAUGAGGUCUAUCGAGUCACGGUGUAUCAGACAGGAGAAAGUGAUGCAGACUCCUUUGAGGGAGAUCCUGAAAUUUCUUUAGCUGACUAUUGGAAAUGCACCUCCUGCGGUGAAAUGAAUCCCCCGCUUCCACCCCACUGCAACAGAUGUUGGACCCUUCGUGAGAAUUGGCUUCCCGAAGGGAAAGGGAAAGAUAACAGAGAGAUCGCCGAAAAAGAAGGCUUAGAUGUGCCUGAUGGAAAAAAAACUACAGUGAGUGACUCUCAGGAGCCGUGCCUUGAGGAGAGUGAUGAUAAAGAAGGACAUACCUUCCAGUCACAGGACAGCGAGGACUGCUCCCAGCCAUCCACUUCCAGCAGCAUUGUGUACAGCAGCCAAGAAGAUGUCAGAGAGUUGGAGAAGGAGGAGACACAGAACAGAGGAGAAAGCAUGGAAUCCGGCUUCUCUCUCAAUGCCACUGAACCAUGUGUGAUUUGCCAAGGGCGGCCUAAAAACGGCUGCAUCGUUCAUGGCAAAACCGGACAUCUCAUGUCAUGUUUCACAUGUGCAAAGAAGCUAAAAAAGAGAAAUAAGCCCUGCCCAGUGUGCAGACAACCAAUUCAAAUGAUUGUGCUAACUUAUUUCAACUAGCCCUGCCCAUAAAAAUAGAAUUAUAUAUUUCUAACUAUAUAACCCCCCAAAUUAGACAACAUGCGUUUUAUUUUUAUUUGCAUUUAUUUUUAUCUACACUAAAGUGAGAAAAGUGUCUUCGUCCACUUAAACUUUGUUGUAUAAUUGAUCUCCUUGAGGGUAUGAAUAGUGACUGUUUCCUUCUUUCAGGAAAACUUCACUUGAUUAUAUUUACAUUUGGGUUUUGAUGUACUCUGCGUUGGCUGUGUGGCUCCUUUUUUAUUUUCCUUAUGUUUUAAGUAAUUUCCACUUGGAAGGACGGUUGGAAGUGAAAUGUGUCCUCUCCAGCUGCAAAUGAUGAUGGGCCUUUCUGAGGAUCGACUGCAUGAGAAGCAUUUGAUUUCCUUUUUUCCCUCUGUUAAUAAAGAACAUUUAAUUUAUUUAGUACCUCUCACGUAAGGAGUUAGAAGCUGUGUGAAGGAUUGAAUAUUUAAGUUUUUGAAAUUCUGAGACUCCUUAGUUCUCUAGUGGCUGUGGGCUGGAGAGAUGACUCUUGAUAAGGCACUUGCUUGUAUAAGCCUGAUGAUGUAAAUUUGAUCUCUGGAGCCCCUAAAAAGGGGAAGAAGGGAACCAGUUCCACAAGUUGUCCUCCGAUAACCACACGUGCCCCAUGUGCACACAAUUUUUUUUUAAAGGUACGAGUUGUAUCUGGUGGUAUGUAAGUAAAAAACAUGCACCGUAUUUUCAAGUGUGUUGUCAUACGGAGUGGAGCAGAUGAUGCACUGAUCUCUCAGGUGGAGAAUUCUGAGGCCCUUAGAAGCACCUCCUUGGACUUAGCCCCAUAGUUCCCGAUGUUGCCUAAGUUUCAGGCUGUACUUAGGCUAGGUGUAGAAACCAUUCAGCAGAGAGACUAAUUCAGAACAUGGAUAAAGAGAACUCAUUUUAAAACAUGCGUAGUAUUUUAAAAUGAAUUCUCCAUGUAGAUUAACCUCUUGAAUCAUAAGAAGAAUCUUUCCCUUUGCUUGAAGGGCCAUGUAUAGAAGGGGCUCAAGUAUAGGAAAAUAAAAUCCUCCGGACUAUAAGUUUAGAGUAACCAAAGGACAGUUUUGUGCUAACCUUGUUGAUGUAAGCAUCAAAAACAGAAAACACUCCUUGAUGAAGUAUCUAUCACAUAAGUAGGAGUAUGGCAGGAGUGACGGCUUCAGUUUUGGCUCCUGUGACUCAGUGAAGCUUCACUCUUCCAAUUUGUAAUUCAGAAAUGAUAUCCUUGGGGAUUACCAGUUUGCAAAUGUUUAUUUAGGUGUGGUAUACAUUAUUUAUUUGCAAAUAAAUGAUUUAUUAAAUAUUUAAAGAAUUGUUUCAA